AUGAGCACGGUCAUAGAAGAGGUGAAGGUUCCAGUUCCGGUGCCCGAGACUCUGAUCUCUGCGCUGAACCAGAUCAAUGUUGUCAACGGUGACCACCGUCCGACGAAGCGGCGCAAAGUCACCAAGUCGGGUCCAUUUAGCCUGAUUCGUGAGCAGGGUAUAUCUAGCACCGGAACACCCGUGGGCUACAUCCCACUGGCUCGGCUAGUGCUGCGCAUGAACUUUGAGAACGCACCCAAAUCAGAACAUCAUGGAUUAUACAACUCGAGUAGCUCUUCCGAUCGCUUUCCUGUCCUUGUUGAAGUCGAAGACUCUCGCUUGCGCGCCCAUAUACCUGAUGAAUCCGAGUAUUCUGAGCGCAGCGAAGAUGCUAUUACAAUUCAUUUGACGACUGUUGAUGCUGAUGAAAAUAAAAUAUUCUCGUUUGGAUUCCGUGAAAAACAACUUGUAUCAUUUUUUGAGCAUAUGAGACAUGUCACUGGGUUAAAUUGCGCUGAUCGGUACUUUAAUCGACCUCCGAUGGCAUGUUACCACGCCACAAUCUCUCUUGGAUCGAAUAACAAGUCCCUUGGCUUAGAAGUCGUCGCACUCUGGAGGGAUUCUCUUGAAAGCCCAGAUUUUGCUCGUUUACAAGACCAUGCCUUAGAGGUCUUUGCAAGGUAUAGCUUGCAAGAGCCCCUUGGGCCCCCGGCUGGCUAUCCCGGACAACAUGACCGGCGCGAGAAACUACUGGGACUCUCACGGGGCUGGUCACCCCGUGAGUUCUAUGAUAGUGUUCACGUUCCUGAAAAAACCGCAAGCGCUUCAGCAGAUAUCAAGUGCCCAGACCUUGUUUGCGAUCUUUUCCCUUUCCAGAGACGAGCUGUUCGUUGGCUUUUGUGGAGAGAAGGAAUGAAACUUCAAAAUGAUGGGAGCGUUGUGCCUAUAGAAAGACCAUUGCCUAAUGGGCUUCCAACAUCAUUCAAGCAAAUGGUUGACGCCAAUGGAAAUACCUGUUACCUUAGUCAUCUGUUUAUGACCAUCACCACCCAGAUAUCCCAAUGGGGAGAUGCCGCUUACCUGUUACGGGGUGGCAUUCUUGCAGAAGAGAUGGGGUUGGGAAAGACAGUGGAAAUGAUUGCCUUGAUCAGCUUGAAUCGACGGCCCGCCAAUGAUCUACUUAAAUCUGACCCCGAUGGGCUGAGGAAAUCAGGCGCUACUUUGAUCAUCACACCACCGGCUAUCCUGGAGCAAUGGAAGCAAGAACUUGAACAACAUGCCCCAAAGCUACGUGUUCACCACUAUAAGGGGAUCAGACGAGGAAAAGAGAACUCAGACGAUCUGGUCAUCGAAGAAAUUGCCGAGUUUGAUGUCGUUCUUACCACAUACAACGUAAUUGCUCGAGAGAUCCACUAUGCUGCAGCGACACCAAAACGAAGUCUUCGGCACGAGAAGAAAUUCGAGCCGCGGAAGACGCCUUUGGUGCGGAUAUCGUGGUGGCGCGUUUGUCUUGACGAAGCUCAGAUGAUCGAGAGCGGUGUCAGCAAUGCAGCCAAGGUGGCCCGCUUAAUGCCACGAGAGAAUGCCUGGGCAGUGACGGGCACGCCACUUCGCAAGGAUAUCGAUGACUUAUUUGGGCUCCUGCUCUUUCUUCAGUAUCGACCCUUUUGCGACUCGAGCGCGCUAUGGAAACGCUUGUACUCCCGUUUUGGACCGGAUCUGGUCCGCAUCAUCAAUGCAAUUGCGCUCAGGCACAGCAAGGAUCGUGUCCGUGAUGAGCUACGCUUGCCUCCUCAGAAGCGAAUUGUGAUCACGGUUCCUUUUACUGCAGUCGAGGAGCAGCAUUAUGGCCAACUUUUCGAAGAGAUGACGGAGCAAUGCGGGCUUGAUGCAUUCGGGAAUCCCCUUCAGGGUGAUUGGAAUCCGGAGGACCCAGGAACCAUUGAAAGAAUGCGGACCUGGUUAACCAGACUUCGUCAGACUUGCCUGCAUCCCGAGGUGAGCGGAAGCAACCGCCGAGCGCUGGGUGCAGCAAACGGCCCUUUGCGCACCGUCGACGAAGUCCUUGAAGUCAUGAUUGAGAACACUGAUACCUCGAUCCGCACGGAAGAGCGAUCCCUUCUCUUAUCUCAGCUCCGUCGCGGACAGCUGCUUGAGAAUGCUAAGCGUAGGAAGGAAGCACUAGUGCUUUGGCAAGCAGCUUUGGAUCAUUCUACCCAUCUGGUCAAUGACAGCAGAAAGCAGCUUCGUUUGCAACGUCUUAAAAAUAAGGACGCUAUGACGAAUGGGGCCGAAGCCAUCAAAGAAACGCCCGAUUCUAGUGAUGAUGAGAAUGAAGAGGCAGACAAGAAUAGCCGCAUCGGUCAAUGUCGUUCGAAACUGCGUGCGGCCCUGGAGGUGCAGCACAUUGCUGUGUUUUUCACUGCGAAUGCAUACUAUCAGAUUAAAACGGAUACCAGUCUCACCCAACCUGACACCGAAGAUUUCAAGCUCCUUGAGAAAAAGGAAGAGGAGGGAUACGAAGCCGCGAAACUGAUCCGCAAGGAGAUGCUGACAGAUAUUUCCCGGAAGGUGGAGCGAUACAUGAAGACCAUCAAAGAGAAGACAAGAAACAAGCAAUUUGUGCAUAUCACACAAAUGAAGCCUUAUCUUUAUAGCAGAGGUCUUGAAUCUUACCGGAUACUCAACAAGUUUGAAGACCUAUGUGCGGCAUUGAACAAGCACGCGCAGCAGUAUAAUGAAUGGCGCGAUGUCAUGAUCAAGCUGGUCUCGCAGUCGCUUAUUGAUCAAGAAGACGAUGCCGAACUGGAAGGCAAUGAAUAUGAGCGUUCGACAAAACAUCAAGAUGAGAUGUAUGUCUACAUGGAAGCACUGCGGUGCAUGUAUGCUGAUCGCCAUGACGCUCUCACCGGCCAGAAGAAUGUCCUCAUUUCUCAUGAGGUCAAAGCCGGCAUUAUCCAAGCACAGAAAGAUGAAGGCCCAUCCCCAAAGCUUUUUCUUUCUAUUAUGAACACCCGCAGCGAGUUGAUGCCGGAUCCGCAAUUUGGGUCGCUUCGCGGCAUUGUAAGUGAACUUCGUAGCCUGACAACCUCGCUCGAGUGGCAAGCCGCUGGCGGGAGUUCGCGUGCCUCUGCAGAACUUGAGAUGGUCGGACUGGUACUGAAGAACGCUGGUCAAAUGCUCGCUGACCACCUGAAAAUAUCAUCCAACCUGGAGAGGGAGGUAGAAAUGUUUCGUGACACGAUGAACAAUCGGCUUGAGUACUAUCGUCAUCUGCAACAAAUCUCAGAUACCGUGGCACCGUAUGACGAAGAAAGUGCUGGCAAGCCAAUAGAUGAGGAGGUUUUUGCGUCAAAAUUGAAGCAAGAAGAAAAUCUUGAGAGCAAGAUCUCAUCUUUGAAAGCCAAGAGGAGGUAUCUAAUCCAUCUGCGAGAUGAGUCUGGCUCGGAAGAUAGCUCGAGAAUUUGCAUCAUCUGCCAAUCGAGCUUUGAAAUUGGCGUCUUGACUGUGUGCGGUCAUAAGUAUUGCACGGAUUGUCUGCGACUAUGGUGGCGUCAACAUCGCACUUGUCCAAUAUGCAAGAAACCUCUGAAACUCAGGGACUUUCACCAAAUUACAUAUAAGCCGCAAGAUCUCGUCGUGCAGCAGGAAGAAUCCCCGGUCAAAUUCGAUCAUGAGCGGCAUUCGCAAAAUGCCAUCUAUAGUGACAUCAGCUCGGGAGUCUUGAAGCAGAUCAAAACCAUCGACCUCGAUGGCUCGUUUGGUACCAAAAUCGACACACUUGCCCGGCAUAUCAUUUGGCUUCGAGAACAUGACCCUGGAGCAAAAGCGAUUGUGUUUUCUCAAUACAAAAACUUCUUGGUUGUUUUGCAAAGGGCUUUCCGCCGCUUUGGGAUCGUCAACAGUAGCGUUGACGCGCCAGAUGGCAUUGAGAAAUUCAAGAAGGAUCCCGCGAUUGAAUGCUUCUUGUUGCACGGGAAAGCCCAGUCAUCCGGGUUGACCUUGAUCAAUGCCACACAUGUGUUCCUAUGCGAGCCGCUAAUAAACACUGCAAUUGAACUUCAGGCCAUUGCUCGAGUCCAUCGAAUCGGCCAGCAUCGACCAACAACUGUUUGGAUGUACUUGGUCUCUGGAACUGUGGAAGAAUCCAUUUACGACCUCUCGGUUACCCGUCGACUUGCCCAUAUCUUGGCAAAAGAGAAACAGGAGAAGAAAGCCCGUGCCGCAAUCCCGGGUGAAGAUCAAGUGCUUAUCAACGACUUGACCGAAACAGCGAUCGAUUCUGCUAACUCCAUGGAAAUGGAAGAUGCGACCUUGACAAAUUUGAUGACCAAUGGCGCAUCGGGUGGAGAGCUAGUGAAGAAGGAUGACUUGUGGCAGUGUCUCUUCGGAAACACGACCCAGAAAGAUGACAACGGCCGCUCGGCUGAUGCACAGAGAGAAGUGGAUAGAUUUUUGCGAGGUGACGCUGCCGAGCAAAGACGAGACGAAGCUAUGACCAUUAAUGACCUGUAA